AUGGGGAUGGACAUGGUAACCAAAGGUGUGCAUAAUGUUAUUGAGUUCCUCAGCGAUGAUUCCUCUGACAUGGAUGUGAUCGGAAUCUCUGAUAACUUCUUCUCCGACAUUAACAAACCUGCUGCGGUGAACUGCAUCGAGGGACAUGGCAGCUCUCUAGGUCGAUUCAAAUCUUAUGCCAGCAACAUAGUGUUUGAUGUGUUCAUAGCUACUUGCCAAGAUCUAGCCCAAAACAUGGAGAGCUCUCAAAUUGAUGGAAGCCAUUAA